CCUCAAUGUGUCCAAGCCAAACCGCCUAAUACGGCCUGAACGACCGACUCUGCAGCCAUUCUCACGGUCUUCCCGGUCGGCGGUGCUGCUACCGAAGAUGACGCUUCCAACUUUAAAUCAAAUCCAAAAUUGGAUUCAAUGGUACAGGAAGCCUUCCUAUCAAGAUAUCCGGGAAUUUUCCGCAGCUGUUCGAGAUGGAAAGCGUGAGAGCACUCUUAGACGUGGCAGCAUAGAAGUGCCUAGUCGCCUAGGCCUCGACCAACUCCUACAAAACUGGACUUGCAGUCCAAUGUCGCUCAGUGAUUUUUACAGGUACCUCAAGCAUGUCGAGCAUUCUCCCGAAAACCUCGAGUUUUACAUGUGGUUCAUUCAGUACCAGGCCACCUAUGUUGCAUGUCCUGAUGAAGCACUCCCAACCAUCCCGUCGUCAGUCUUGUCGGAUAGGGGAUCGCAGGUUUCGAAGAACACCACUUCAUCUCACCAUACACUGACUGAGAAUGAAUGCAAAUUUACAGAGUCUCACAGUAAUGUCUUUGACUUAGACAUAGAAUGUGACGUUGCACUUGGAUCUGGGUCAGAUGAUAUCACGGCUAAGAUUGCCGCCUUCAUUGAUCAGACUAGUAAAUGUUCUUCGAAGUCGGAAAAGUCUCGCUCACUCAUGAAGACUUUCAUGGGGUCCUGUAGCUUCGGUGUAUGCAGGAAUUCCAAAUCCCCACGUUCCGCAUUGACGCGUGCCGAUCUGCCAAAAGUCGUCGACCUAUUUCUCAUGCCUGGCUCCGAGAAAGAGUUGAACAUCCCCCCCGGGAUGAGAAACGCUGUUUUGCUUGCCCUCGAGCACGAUGACGGGCCGGCUCGUUUUAGGCCAAUCGCCGAGCACUGCUAUCAACUACUAAAGAACUGUUCCCACAGGAACUUCGUGCGUAUUGGCGUUAGCAAUGGGACCUUUGAGACAGUGUGCGCUGCCACUACUUUUGGGGCAUUACUCACCUUGGCCGGCUAUAUUCUGGUCUUAAUGCGCGCAUACUAUCCACACCAAAAUGCACACGCACGGUGGGAGGUGCUCUUCUCGUGGCCGAUGUGGUGGUUCGGCAUGGGUCUGUUGCUCUCUGGCCUUCGCGGCUCAUGCUUCUUUAUGCUGCUUCUUAGUCGUCGGAAUCACCUCCCGUGGGAGAAGCAGGUUACCAAACAACAGCAACAAGCCAGUAGCAGCGCAGAUUCGAAUAUGUCAAGUCUCAUCAAUAUGUAUAAGAGGUUGUCUCCUUUCGAGAACAAAGUGCGUAUUAAAGACCUCGCACUUCGUGACCUUCAACACCGGAUUGUGUUUCAGAGCGUGGUUGUUGGCACUAUGUUUGCGACGGCGAUGACCUUAGUCUUCAUCUUUCUUCCUGUGUGGAAAUAGCCACAUCAAGACUUUUUGAGUCUUUGAGGGGGGUCUUUCGUGGGGCAGCACAAAAGUCAGGACAGGAGUCUACCGGCUGUUGCCCCUAACUGAAGGUAUACUAUAGUAAAAAAGCGAG